AUGAUCUCAGUAACCAAUCAGGUGGCCAACGGCUUCAGCAUUAGCCAUUGCUACAAGGUAGCCCAUUUCCUCAUUGCCUUUGCCGACCUCUGCAUCGGGCACUACCUGCUGAUGAUCGCCACGGUGGACCUGCACACGCAUGGUCGCUACAGUCAGCACGCCAUCGAGUGGCAGACGGAGCCGAGGUGCGGCGCCGCGGGCUUCCUGUCGGUGUUCGGAGGGGAGCUGUCGGUCUACACGCUCUCUACCAUCACCAACGCUCUGCAAGUGGAGCUUGUGCUCGCGCAGGCGGCGAGCAUCAUGGCGGUCGGCUGGCUGGUUUGCCUUGGGAUGGGUGUCCUCCCUCUGAUCGGCGUAAGCAGCUACUCCAAAGUUAGCGUGUGCUUACCCAUGGACAUCGAGACUCCUCCGGCUCAGGCCUUCAUCAUCCUCGUCCUGCUCUUCAAUGUGGGCGCCUGCAUGGCCGUGCUCAUCUUCACCGAUUUCCUCUGCAUGGCGCCCAUCUCCUUCUUCGCCAUCUCCGCCGCGUUCAAGGUCCCCCUCAUCACGGUCACAAACUCAAAGAUCCUGCUCGUCCUCUUCUUUCCCAUCAAUUCCUGCGCCAACCCCUUCCUGUACGCAAUCUUCACCAAGGCUUUCAGGAAGGACGCGUACCGGCUCAUGGGCGCCGUGGGCUGCUGUAAAAACAAGGCCAGCAUUCAGCACGUGAACGACUCAGGAGCAAAUCGGAAAAGCUCAAGGUCGCAGCAGAGUCGACACAUAAAGGAGGAGGGAGAAAUCACCUGAGAACAAAAAAACAUGCAGAACUUU